AACUGCUCCGAUCUCCUAAUCAUCGCCUCCGAAGCAUUCAUUCAUUCCCCUCAGCUCACUAUUCCCUCUCUCUCUCUCUCUCUCUCUCUCUCUCUCUCUCUAAGAUUGGAAGGCGAAGGACGAAGGAGCGAGAGGAGCUGUCGGGAGCUUCCGUUUCUGCUUCGAUCUCUGCCGGAACCUGAUCUGACGGCGCCGGGAAAGGAGGAGGAAGGGAGACAGGGCAAUCUGGGAGCUCGACGAGGUUUGUCUUAUUAAUCGAACGGCUCCGUGUGGUGGAGAGUGUGUGGAGGCGGGAGGACAUGGUAUUAUGAGGGUGGAGAGGACGAGGAAUGGCGAGGGAUUGGGCGAAUCAAGGCAGAGGGAAGCUGGGCUGCUCCUACAAGAGGACCACUCUCAUCAUCUGCGCCAUCAACAUUGUCGUCGCUCUCUACGUUCUUCGCUCCCUGUACGGCUCUCUCUACCUCUACUCCAGUCGUGACUCCUAUCAUGCUGCUAAGUAUACGCCUGAACAGAUUAGGAAAAUGGAGGAGUCCGUACGGAUUCGGAAAGCCGCUGAACCAGUUGAGCUAGUGAAACUGGCAGAAAAGCUAAAGAAGCAAUUACACAGCGAGGAAACAGCUGAGGUGCCUCAGAGUUUAAAGCAGAAGAUCAGUGAUGAGAUUCUGCAGCUCCUGAAAGGUCUAAAUGGCAACUCAAACCUGACCCUGCAACGAGAAGUGGUUGAAAGCUGGCGCAAGGGAAAAUUACAAGAGGCCAAACAGCUCGUCUCUGGAAUCACGACAGUCAAUUCAACUUUUCUGCCAGAGGAAGCUGGAUUGCUAACAAAGGCCUUGGGCCCUAAAUGGGAAGUCCUCUCUGAAGAGAUUGGUCUAUGGAUACCAAUUGCAGUCAUCCACAUGGAACACAAUGAUAGACCUGAGGGUGAAGAAGAGAUUGAGGAAGAAGUUCUGCCUGGAAGACCGCUGCCUCCAGAAUGCAAUGCUGAGCUUCACACGGAUUAUGAUGGUGCCGCUGUUAGGUGGGGCCUGACCCAUCCCAAGGAAAGUGCAGCUGAUUGCUGCCAGGCUUGUUUGGAUCAGGCCAAGCUUGCCAAACCAGGCCAGAUGAAGUGUAACAUAUGGGUUUAUUGCCCGUCUGAGACUGGUUGCUACUCUCCUGACAUUUAUGAGCACAAACAACAGGAGUGCUGGCUUAAAUAUGCAGAGCACCCUAAACAGAACUUCAACGACAAAUACUCGGAGGAGUACAGAAACGCUCACCCGACUGCUCCAUUGGUAGUCCCAUGGGUUGCUGGCGUUGUUAAAGUAUGAUCAUAAGAUGAUUAGCCCAACCAAUGAUACAUUGGAAUCCAAAGCAGUGCCUAUGAACUUUCUGCUUCCGCUAACCGCUCACUUGUGCGAGGCUAUGCCGUGUUGUGUAACUACUGGUGCAAAGGUAUUGGAAGUGGCAGGUGUGUCCGGGUCAAAGAAGCAUGUUCUCUAGAUUUAUUCAUUACAUCACGAAAUUUUUUUUGUAUAACACGGAGGUUUUGGUGGUCUCUUUCUUGGGCUUCCGAUAUUAUAUACAUUAAGCUCAAGAAGUCAGAGGCGUCCAAGUAGUCACUCCAAUUUCGAUACGUUGGAGAUGCAAAGAAAAGAUUUCUGGAACUGGGAACUCAUCACAUAUUGGACAUGCUCUAAUAUUUUGCUCUCUCUCUCUCUCUCUCUCUCUCUCUCUCUCUCUCUCUCUCUUUCCCUCUAAUUAUCUUGUACAUUGAUGGAUAUAAUGUAGUUGCUGCUGCCUGCAGUUUUGAGGGCGACGUUCGAGUUCGAGUAUCUCUUCCCAGAAUGGGAUAUUGGUUGAUGACAAACAGAUGUCCAUAGUAAUCAACUUAUCGUGUAUGAUGGAGAUAUAGAACUUCCCUCUUUGCGUUUAAUUGCACUCAUUGGAGAGGAUGUUUGGAGGAUCCAAUUCAAGAAUAGUGUUCUUUUUUUUUCUUUUUUCCUGAUAAGGGUGUUGAAAUGCAUUUCGCAGGAUCCAAUUCAAGAAUAGUGCUCUUUCUUUUCUUUUUUUCUGAUAAGCAUGUUGAAAUGCAUUUGGCGUGGAUGCGGAUUGGCCCUCGCGAGCAUCUUCACACCAAUAGAACUUCGAAAUGUGCCAAGAGAACAAAGAAGCGGGAUACAAUCCGAACGCGAUGUGAAGCUACAACCUUCGUUUUCGAUCUGCAUAUUGCUGGAUACCACCAAUAACCAGUGUGCAUAACAUUCUCUUGUACCAAUAUCAUGUUCUACAAAAUUAAGCCUUUUCGAA